AUGAUUUUGUCGCUUUUAAAAAAGUAUGAUGAUCUGAUUUUGAAUAAUGCGUCACAAAUUAGCUCUAUUGAGAGUUCUUUAAGGACUUUGACUUAUGUUUUACCCGGACGUUUUGCAGACGCCGAGUUUGCAUCAGAAACGUUAUUUGCAGCUUUGAACUUGAUUGGAUUAUACCAUGAUUCCAUUUUGGCCCGAGCUGCUGAAAAUUUGCCUCCAUCGAUAAAACCAUCACCAUCACCUCAUAAUAGAUACACAAGAUUUUGGAUAAAUUCAUCCAAAACAUAUCAACAUGCUUCGCUUGCGUUAACAUUUUUGCAAUAUACCGAUGUUUUAUUAGAAAUGGGUGUACAAAAAAAAUGGGGGAAAGAGGUUAAAUGGAAAUUGAUUAGCAUGAUUGAACUUAUAAAAGUGGUCUGCCGGAUCAUUCUUCUGUACAAAACUCAAGAACGUACGGUGAUUGAACCAACUGUUCCAAGACGAGAAAUUGACCCUUCUGUUUUUCCCUCCACGUCAAAUGAUGAUGUGUUGAGUCAUCGCGAACAAGGAGAGUCAGAUACUUGGGUUGGGAAAUACACUAAUCGAGUACACGAUAGUAUAUCUGUCGUUCGUUCCCAGCAUUCUAAACAUUAUGAUGUAAAUGAGUAUUUAACGAGUAAAGUAUUGAUGGUUGAAGAUGUACGAAAACCACCAGAUCUUGUUCGCAAAUUGUAUUCAUUUGGAAAACUUAGCGAAUUAAUUGUCGACAAUAAUCCUUAUGAAUUACUACUACAAAACACAUAUACCCGGCGGGGGCCGAUGGUUAUCAACGUUAGAGAAAGAAGAACGGAAGAGGCGUAUUCGACAAUUCUUCUUUUAUAUAUUAAGAGGACCUUUUUAUGA